CACUUACACAUGUGGUUUAGACAUCUUCAGCGCAAUGACUUGCCAAUUGGCUCAAUCGCAGUAGAAACUGGGCACGAAAAGUGGAGAACUGUUGGGUGAGCCAAGAUGAUGGACUUCAUGGCACAAAGGCCAGUGGGACAAGAGUUUGUUCGUCACGUGGAAGAUGGCUGCCCAUACCGAGCUGAUGAUGUCAUGAAGCCUGAGCAGGCGGUGUCCACUGGAACGACCCUUGUCGUUGCUGAAUUCGAUGGUGGUGUUGUCAUGUGCGCAGACACUCGCACAUCCACAGGCCAAUACUGUGCAAACCGAGCUUCGCGAAAGAUCUCGAAGGUGCACGACCGGAUUUUCGUUUGCCGAAGCGGAAGUGCAGCUGAUACCCAGGCCUUGACCAGCUUCGUGUUGCACUACCUGGGCCAACAUGCUGUGGAACUUGGGAAGCAACCUACAGUCAACACCGCUGCCAAUCUCUUCAAAAUCAUGGCCUACAACAACAAGGAUCAUUUGCUGGCGGGACUCAUUGUCGCAGGAUAUGACGACAAGAAGGGUGGACAGAUCUACUCCAUCCCCCUCGGUGGAACACGCGUUCGUGUUCCUUAUGCAGCUGAUGGUUCGGGCUCCGGCUACAUCAAGGGCUUCAUGGAUGCGAACUAUCGACCUGGUAUGUCAAAAGCCGAGUGCCUUGAGUUCGUGCAAAAGGCAACUGCACUGGCAAUUAGUCGAGAUGGCAGCUCUGGUGGAAUGGUGCGAUCUCUGGUCAUCACCAAGGACAAGGUGGAAGAGGCGGUCAUCGAGGGCAACAAGUUGCCUGUUGACCUCUAGUUGUCUUCAAAACUUCCACUCCUGGGAGCACAUCCCAGUGUCAGAUGUGUGAGGCCUUGUCUCGGGCGCUUGUGCCGACGCCACAGGGCACGCGCAAUGGAAUAGAAAA